AUGGUAGACGAAGCCCCUCAUAUCGCUAUCAUCGGCGGCGGCAUUGUUGGCCUCAUCCUUGCGGCAGGCCUCACGCGGCGCGGCAUAAAAGUAGACCUCUACGAGCAAGCGCGCAACUUCCGUGAGAUCGGCGCAGGGAUCGGCUUCACAGCCAACACAGUGCGCUGCAUGGAGAAGAUUAACCCGGCCAUUGUUAAAGCGCUGCGCUCUGGCGGGGCCGUCAACGUCUCGCUCGACCAGCAGGACCCCAAGUCUUACUUACGCUGGAUCGACGGAUAUGGGCAGCGCAAAGAAGAUGAUCCAAUGUAUCAGACGCCUCUGCUGAAGCUGGAUGCAGGAGUCAAGGGGUGGGAGACGGUGCGACGAGAUAUGUUUCUGGAUGACCUUGUCAAGGUCAUUCCGGACGGGGUUGUGCACUUGCAGAAAAGGCUGAAUACCAUUGAGGACGAUGAUGGGUCAGAGAGGGUAUUUUUGAACUUUACUGAUGGUACGAGGGCACAGGCGAAUGCUGUCAUUGCUGCUGACGGGAUCAAGUCCCGAACACGACAACUGCUCCUGGGGCCAGACAACCCAGCCUCCUACCCUCAAUACACACAUAAAGUGGCCUACCGCGCCCUGAUCCCCAUGGACAAGGUCAAAGACGCGAUAGGCGAAUACAAAACUCACAGACAGCACAUGCACGUCGGCCCCAACGCCCACCUCAUCCACUACCCCGUCAACACAAACACCAUCGGAGCCACCGUUGUGGUCUCAGAUCCCAAUGUCUGGCCCCUGGACAAACCCACCACCGCACGCGCGUCACGCAAGGAGGUUUCCGAGGCACUGGCAAACUGGUCUCUCCCUGUCCGCAACCUCGUUGAUCUCUUCCCGGAAGAACUCGACCAGUGGGCUCUUUUUGAUCUCUUCGAGUACCCUGUUCCACAGUAUAACAAGGGCCGAGUCUGCCUGGUGGGCGAUGCGGCGCACGCGUCAAGUCCUCAUCACGGGGCUGGCGCAUCCUUUGGCGUGGAGGAUGCGCUGUGCCUUUGUACCAUCAUGUCUGAGCUGACUAUGGAGCUUCACCAACACAGUUUAAAUAAGGCUGAGGCUCUGCGGGCGGCAUUUGAGACUUACGAUAAGCAGCCUGAGUGGGCUGAUCCUGCCAAGAGGGUCAAGGCAGAGUCCUGCUUUGAGGAGGUCAAGGAUCGUUCGUUCAAGAUUUGGCAUUUUGAUUCCGCAGCGAUGGUGGAUGAGACGAUUCAGGAAUACAGGACCAGGUUAGAGUCCCUAAUCAAUACUGCAAAUGUCAUUGACGGAUUGACGGCGUGA